CGGCCGGAAGUUCCGGUGGCAGAGCGCUGGACCGGGCCCGGGCGGAUCGAGGGCUCGGGCUGCGGGCGCAGGGCGGGCCGGGCGCGGAGCCUGGGAGCGGAGCCCGGGCCGUGCCGCGCGGCGCCAUGAAGGGCAAGGAGGAGAAGGAGGGCGGCGUGCGGCUGGGCGCCGGCGGUGGAAGCCCCGAGAAGAGCCCGAGCGCGCAGGAGCUCAAGGAGCAGGGCAACCGGCUCUUUGUAGGCCGCAAGUACCCGGAGGCAGCGGCCUGCUACGGCCGCGCCAUCACCCGGAAUCCUCUGGUGGCAGUGUAUUACACCAACCGGGCAUUGUGCUACCUGAAGAUGCAGCAGCACGAGCAGGCCCUGGCCGACUGCCGGCGCGCCCUGGAGCUGGAUGGGCAGUCUGUGAAGGCACACUUCUUCCUGGGGCAAUGCCAGCUGGAGAUGGAGAGCUACGAUGAGGCCAUCGCCAACCUGCAGCGAGCCUACAACCUAGCCAAGGAGCAGCGGCUUAACUUUGGGGACGACAUCCCCAGCGCCCUGCGUAUGGCCAAGAAGAAACGCUGGAACAGCAUGGAGGAGCGGCGCAUCCGCCAGGAGAACGCUCUGCAUGCACACCUCACACGGCUCAUUGUGGCUGAGCGGGAAAGCUCCUGGUCGGCCCCCAGGGAGCUGGAAGAAUGUCAGCGGAACCAUGAGGGUGAUGAGGACGAUGGCCACAUCCGGGCCCAGCAGGCCUGCAUCGAGGCCAAGCACGAUAAGUACUUGGCAGAUAUGGAUGAGCUCUUCUCACAGGUGGAUGAGAAAAGGAAGAAGCGAGACAUCCCUGACUACCUGUGUGGCAAGAUCAGUUUUGAGCUGAUGCGGGAGCCGUGCAUCACGCCCAGUGGCAUUACCUACGAUCGCAAGGACAUUGAGGAGCACCUACAGGUGAGGCUCACAGGCAGUGGGAACAGGGCCCAUACCCUCGAGCGCCUUCUGACCCUACUGUCACUGCAGCGUGUAGGCCACUUCGACCCUGUGACCCGGAGCCCCCUGACCCAGGAGCAGCUCAUCCCCAACCUGGCCAUGAAAGAGGUCAUCGAUGCGUUCAUCUCCGAGAAUGGCUGGGUGGAGGACUACUAAGGCAGGGCGAGUGAGGGUUGCCAGCCCACCUUGCCCAGUACCCUGGGAUGGUAGCCCCCGGCCCCUGGACAUAGUUUGUGUUCCUGGUUCCCUGCUCCCCGCCACCCCUGUGUCCUCACCCCACCCCCAUUAGUUCUGCUCUCUGUCCCCCUUCUGGGCCGGAAACAGCAGGUGAGGGUGGUCAGGGCUGAUGCGGCCGCCGCCACCACUGUCCCUGUAAUAAAAUGUGUGAGCGCUA